AUGGAUAACAAUCUAGAUUCCCAGCUAGCUCGCAAGCGAAUUAUCAUCUGCUGCGAUGGAAGUGGCCAAUCAGCCGUAUCAGGUGAAGAGAGCGUCCCAUCAAAUGUGACUCGAUUGUGUCGCGCCAUCAACAGCGUCGGAUACGACAAUGACGACCAAGUCUGGCAGCAAGUUGUCUGGUACGACUCCGGAGUAGGAACAAACUCAGAUGGUAGGGUCUCAGCCGGGAAAGAUCUCGAAGGAAAUGUAAUCGAGGCUUACAACUUCUGUGUGCUGAACUGGAACCCCGGCGACCAGGUCAUGUGUUUCGGCUUCUCUCGAGGCGCAUACACCGCUCGCGCAAUCGCAGGUCUGAUUUCUGAUCUGGGGAUUUGCUCCAAGACUGAUAUUCAGGAUUUUCCUGAAGUCUGGAAGCUGUACAAGAGGAGUCACCCUGCUGUUACUGGGGAUAGAUUUUAUGGCAGUGAUGCUUACUAUGGUUGGCAUGAUGGGAAGCCGGCUGAUCCUCAGCCGGAGGAACGCCAGGAUGAUCAGGUUGUUUGGGAGUCUACUGGUCGUGGUGAGUGGGCUCGAACACCGGAGUCUAGACAUGUUGAGGUUGUUGGAGUAUUUGAGACUGUCGGCGCCUUGGGCUUUCCUGAGUUAUUUGGAUAUGAAGUACCACAGUGGCUCACACGAACUGACAAACCUGAGUGGCAUAAUGUUGGACUUUCUCCAAAUAUCAAGAAUGCCUUUCAAGCUCUAGCUCUAGAUGAACACCGUGCCGCAUUCACCCCAACUCUAUUCUACGUUCCUACUUUCACCAAAUUCUCCCUUGAGGCAAUUGUGAAGCAACGUGAAGAGUGGAAGAUAGCAUCGCAAGCCUGGACCGAUCUUCUGAUGACCGAUCGACCUUCCCUUGAAGAUCUACAGCGCGUGAUCAAGGUCAAGAAUGAGGCCUCACGAAAGCUGUUAGACAUAGAGGACAGCCAAAAAGAACGUACAAAGCUGCUGCAGGUCUGGUUUCCCGGUGUUCACGUCAAUAUUGGGGGUGGGUCUACCCUGACCUUGGAGAACAAGGGCAACAUGGAAGAGAUGUCCAAUAUCGUGUUUGCCUGGAUGCUUGACCAGAUCAAAGGCUUCGUUUCUCUCAACGAGGAGACUCUGCAGAAGGAACAGGCGGCACGUCAGGAUAGACUCGCUAGCAUCAACAAUGCCCUGCACUGGUACAACGAGAGAGUUCACAGACGAGAGUCGGAGUCGUGGGGGAAGUGGCUCCAGCGAGGAGGUGAAUGGGUCACUUCCUCGAUCUUGCAUCCUCUCUCCCCGAGUGAGAAGCCAGCAUACAUGGAGGACCGCGUCUACACAUGGGGACUAGGCGAGCUACCAGACAACUUUGGGAUUGUGUAUGUUGCCAAUGGAUCCAGGCCGCGAACACCCGGUCGUUACGCUCUUGAUAAGGGCCAAAAGCUCGGCGAGACGUUUGAGCAGAUCCAUCCUGUGGUUGGAUACCGAGUGGAAAAGACUAGAAACAAUGCGAUCAAGAGCAAAAGGUAUCGCCCAAUCCGAUUGAUGGGAGCCGACUAUGACCGUCGGGAGAAGGAGAAAGGGUUCGAGUAUCUGUUUAGAUACCCUGGUUCGUCAGAGUACCAAGUCUUGCCUGAGUGGAUACUUUCAGAUGACGUUAACUCGUAUGAGAGAUUGGCCAUUCAGGAUAACGAGGCGUACGAUUAUGCUGAUUCACUGGAUCUUCAUAUUGGAAGGGAGGUCAAAUGGCCCCGCCGUUCAGAGCUUCUUUCACCGAGCUCAGACUUGGACUAA